ACGGCACGGAGAGGGAGGUCGCCGUCGGGCCGGCCGGCCGGCCGGCGGGUGAGGUCGAAGAGUCCUACAGUUCGAGCCAUGCAGAAGACCAUGAAUGAGUACAUCGAAAUUGCUCGAAGUAAAGUUAAUGUCCUGCAGACAAUCCUAGAGCAGCGAGGGGCGCAAGCUCGGCAGCGGGUAGUUGCCCGUGAAAACAAGGUGGCCCAAGUGGUGAAGCUGGCUGAGGAGUGUGGGGUCGACCCAAGAACGACACCUGAGUUAUUUCGAGGUGUCGUCGAGGUCAUCAAGAAUGAAAAGGUCAUGGACUUGUUCAUUCGCACUGUUCCCGAAGGACGUGUUAUCAUCAUCAAGUCUCAUGCCGAGGGGCUGACCGCAGCAGUCGAAGAUGAAGAAAAGGCCAUCUCUGAUGACGACUUUGAGGACCUUGUGGUUGCGUGCUUAGAAGACGACGACGAGGGGUGGGUUUACGGUAUGUUCCAAUAUACUAUCCACAUUGACAAGCACCUCAAUAGAGGCCCUUAUAGGACUGUUAAAGAGUCAGGUUUGGAAUGAGUGAAUGACAAAUUGGAAGAUAGUCAGAGGUGUUACAACAUGUUUAGAAUGAGUCCGCGUAUGUUUCUUCGUCUUCAUGAUAUGUUGGUGCAGUCGUAUGGCCUCACAUCGUCAUCGAAGUCAAUGUCCAUAGAAGCGUUGGGCCUUUUCCUAUGGAUGGUAGAUGCACCACAGUCUUGUAGGCAGGCGGAGGACAGAUUUAAGCGUUCAAUGCCAACUGUUAGUGUCAUGUUUAACAAAGUUUUGCAGUGCAUGGUUAAGCUAGCUGUGGACCUCAUUAAGCCACAGGACAAGCAUUUUGAAGUGCUGCAUCGGAAAGUCGGCAGUGGGAGGUUCCAUCCUUGGUUCAAAGACUGCAUUGGGGCCAUCGAUGGGACGCACGUGCCCUGUGUCGUCCCUAGUACUAAGUUUGUGCAGCACUUAAGUCGAAAAGGAAUUACAACCCAAAAUGUGAUGUCUGCCUGCGACUUCGACAUGAGAUUCACUUUUGUGCUUGCUGGAUGGCCGGGAUCAGUACACGACAUGCGAGUGUUCGAGGAUGACAUGUCUACGUACAGACAUGUGUUCCCACAUCCUCCUGCAGGGAAGUACUACCUCGUGGACUCUGGGUACACUAAUCGACCAGGUUAUCUUGCACCAUACAAGGGUACCAAGUACCACCUCCAGGAGUACGGCGACUCCCCUUCACCAGAAGGUAAAGAAGAGACCUUUAACUAUGAGCACUCAUAUCUACGAAAUGUCAUUGAAAGGUCAUUUGGAGUUUUGAAAAUGAAGUGGUGGAUUUUAUGCAACAUCCCAUCAUACUCACCUAGGAAGCAAAACCAAAUCAUAGUUGCAUGUUGUGCUCUGCAUAAUUUCAUGAGAGUUAGUGGGCUUCGGGACAAGGACUUUGCAAGGUGUGAUCGGGACCCUGACUUUGUGCCUGAAGAGGCUGCUGCCCACCAGCCUGAUGCGGAAGAAGUCCCAGAUGAAUGUCUAAACAUGAACGAAUUUCGCGAUUCCAUUGCACUUGCUAUGCUUGCGGGUUGAACUCUACGCGCUGUACUUGUAACUUUUUGUUGGCGGCUGCUUUUUAUGUUUGAGGACCAUCUAUUUGUAAGUUAUGUUGUAAUAUGUUCGCGCUUUGAAGUCUGCACUGCUAUGCUAACCAUAACAUGGUUGUUGUAUCAGCUCAGUUGUAGGUUCGUAUUAUGUGAUUGUAAAGUUUUAGGCAGCACCUUCAUAUUUUCCAUUUCAUCCAUGGCUGACAUAUGUAUGAUGUAAAAAUGUGUCUUGUUUUCUGCUCUCUUGUUGGCUCCAGUUCUGGUUACAAACUGCAUGUAUGUGCCACCUAUUUGUGAUUUAAAUGUUCACAUUGGGCAUU